ACAACAACAACAGUGAUUCAACUCAACUUAUUUGAUUCGUCUCAAUGUGUGAACGGUAUUCCUCCGUCUGAGUUGACCUUAGAUAUAAGCAAAGUUUAUUUGAAAAGAUGAUAGCCUUCAAGAAACCAAAAAAGAACUUUCGCAAGAAAGCAACCUCAGAUGACCACGAAGAAGACCAAGUGGCCAAUGAAGCAAAAUUCAACGAGUCAAAUAAUGGAAUCAAAGGAGUUUCUACCUCGAUGAUCUCGGAGAAACCAAAAGAAAAGCAGAAAAUUGUUAAAUCGUCAAGUAAAGGACUGCUAAGUUUUGAAGACGAGCUAGAAGAAGGUGAAGAGUUCGUUUUGAAGAAGUCUAGAGAAAGUCGCAAGCUUAGUCAGAAGCUAAAAGAACAAAAGAAGAAGAAAAAAGAAACAGUUGGAGUUAUCGAAGAAGAGAAAGAGCUUUCUGUUCCGAAGUUUAAAAUUGGCUCCAUAGAUGAAGAUGCUGUUGAUAGUCCAGGGUCAUACAAUAGAGACACUAACAGCGAUAGUGAUGAGGAUGACGAUGAUGAUCAAAAUUCUGGUUUUCAAAACAUACAUUCAGGUUUGUCCACUGGAGUGAUCCCUGAUGCAGCUACUAUAUUUGCAAUGAAAAAGCAGAGAGAAAGGGCACGGCAGCUUGGAACUGGUGCAGAUUUUGUUCCUAUUGAAACAAGUAGUACUGUUAAGUACCAAGGAAGGUUUUCAAGCUCAAAGUCAAGAUUAGUUAGAGAAGAAGAUGAAGAUAGUGAUGAAGAAAGGAUAGAAUUCAAGGGAACUCAGAAGAAGUCAUUCCCAGCUUUAGAAAGAAGGAAAGAGGUUGCAAAGGCACUUGAAGAGGCACAUGAUGAUAUUGGCACUGAAAAGGAUACUGCUGAAGAGCUGAAUAUAUGGGAACAGGAACAGAUAAAAAAGGGUGCCAGUAUACCUGCUUCUCUAAAUGAGCAGGCAUUCGGGCCUGCUGCACCAACUCUUGAAAAUGACAUGAAAACAAUGGAUCUAAAUGUCCAACCAAUAAUUCCAUUUUCUGGUGCGUACCUUUAUUAUGGACAAGCUGGUUCCACAAUAACAUAUGGCUUUCCUGUCCAGAGUAUGCCUUCAGUAAUGCCACAAGGGAUGCAAAAUGUUACUGUAGAAAUGGUCUCUAAUAGAAUCAAGGAGCGCCUUGAUUCCAUCCAACAAGUUCAUCGUGCACACGUUCUUGAGGCUGAAAAAUACAGAAAUGAUGUUGCAAACUAUAAGAAAAGCACUAUUUCACUGGAAUCAAAACUUGCAGAUGUAUCUGAUAGAUUCAAGUUUUAUCAAGAGAUUAGUGGCUAUGUUCAAGACUUGAUUGACUGCCUUAAUGAAAAGGUUCCUGUGAUCAAUGACCUUGAAAGCUCAAUGCUCCAAUUGUGGAAGCAGCGUGCACACAAAUUUCAUCAACGAAGACUAGAUGACAUAAAGGACGAGGAUAGCCAAAUAAGUGGAAAAGCUCAAGUCAAAGUAACUUCAAGCAAUAGCACUGAUGAAUUUGGAAGGGAUCGUGGGAAAUAUGAAGAGACUGCCAGACAACGAAGGGCUGCAGAGAGGGAAGGCAGAAGAAACCGAAGGAGAAAGCAACGAAGUAGCGCAUCAACCCAUCAUGAAGGAAUGUCUAGCGAUGAUGAGGAGCUUGAUUCGGAGGUGAAUAAGUUUAAAACUGAUAAAGAACGGUUACUCAAACAACGAGAGGUAAUUUUCGAAGACGUGAUACCUGAAUUUUCUUCAUUGGACGAAAUCAAAUCCCAUUUCGAAGAAUGGAAAUUUGGCUUUAGUGACAGUUACAAAGAAGCCUACAUUCAUCUUUGUCUUCCAAAACUCUUUUCCCCGUUUUGGCGUCUGGAAAUGUUAGAAUGGAAUCCACUCCAGAUAGAUUGCAAGGAUUUCGAAGAAACUGAUUGGUUUAGGGUACUGGCGAUGUACGGUCACGUGGCUGGAGAUAAAACAAUAGACAAAGAAGACUCAAAUCUUAUUCCUUUAGUUAAUGAAAAGGUUCUUCUCCCCCGUCUUAUCGAUUUGGUCAAAUUUGUUUGGGACCCACUGUCUAAAACCCAGACAAAGCUACUGAUUUUACACGUUCAGCGACUUGUUGAUGACUAUCCAACUUUACAAAAACAAAGCAAGAACACAGAGAAUCUAUUCACUGAAAUUGUAAAGAAAAUACGGAAUACAAUCGACAGCGAAAUAUAUAUACCUCUUUUUUCAAAAGGACUGCUAGAAAACAAAUCAUCUGGAGCUUCAGCGUUUCUUGAAAGACAAUUCUGGUCUGGCUUCAAGCUUUAUGGGAAUAUCAUGCAGUGGAAAGAACUUCUGUCUUUGAAAACCCUGCAAGAACUUGGGGUUGAUAGCUGCCUUAAUCGGUAUCUCAUUGUCGCUUUACAACAAAUGACAAAUACAUCAGAAAGAUUGGAGAAAUGUAAAGAUAUAAUCGCGAUCCUACCAAAAGCGUUAUUUGACGGCUCUGAUAAUGUUCCAUCCUGUUUACAAUCACUUGCAAGAUAUAUCAAUAGUUUAGCUGGUCAGAUCUUCAAGUCUUCAUUGGGAUAUUCUGACCAAGAAAAAAGAAAGGCCAAGUUAAUGAUAAAAAAAUGCAUAUCACUGCUGAUGCAUCUGCAAGCUUUUGAUGUGGCAAGAUCUGCUGCAAAAGAUUUCAAGAUCGACAUUGCUCAGGAAAAAAAUACUUAAUGCUUUCCUGUAAUCUACAGUUUUAUUGAUAUAUUUCGGUUGUAAAGUUAUGCAAAUACGAUCUUAUCUAUUUUCCCAAUGUAUCAACUGAAACUGAAUGUCAAUUCUUAUGACUACUUUGCUAA